UCGCGCAAGGGUGGUUGUGGUUUUUCCUUUCGGAUACCCUGCCAACGGGUUCCAGUGUGCGGUCGUCGAUCGAAGCAAUUAUUGUUGUGCGCAAAAUAGCGACGGGUUGAACGGAACGGGAGUUCAUUUUGUUUUACGGUGCCGCGUUUCGAAUUUGAAGUGAAUUAAUUAUCUACGAGGAGGUACAACGCGCAGAGCAUUGGAAGUCACACCUCUUUUUGGCAGUUUGAAACGAUGAGAAACAAGUGAUACAUGGUGAUCAAGUGCUACGGGUCUUGAACCUUUUGGGAUAGUCCAGAGGGUGCAGCGUGCCCAACGAACCGCGACCGAAAGUGAUUUGUGUUGUUGAUUAUUAUUUAUGAAACAUUUGACAAACCUAUACUAAUUAAUUAGUGUAUGUUCAUAGUGUUAUUAUCAGGAUUAUUAUUAAAAUUGUCCAUAUUUGUGUAAGAGAUUUUAACGAGAGGCAAUUGGUUUGACGUUCGAAAAGUGACAUUAUGUCAAUUGUGAGUGCGAGCUAACGGGGGAGUAAGUGUUUGUUAAUUAAUUUAUAACAUCAAAAAUUAAGACGAUGGUGCGGAUUCUAGCAUGCGUACGACGAAGUGCGAGUGCUUGGUAGUGAUCGGUUCUUAACAACGGUUGGUUAGGUUAACAACGAUUAAACUGCAUGACAACUAAAUAGGUAUCGACACCGGAAGUGACACAAAAAAGUGUGAACGUGAAAUUUGUCGGCUUCCCUCCAGAAGGAAGUUGUGAGCCUACUGCAGGUAGAAUAGUAGUUCACACCCAAGAAAGCAGAAGGGGGCUCGUUUUGAGUGUUUGCGCCAAACGGUUCCUAAAGAGGAGUUAAUUCUCAUAAUUGUGAUAAAUAAUCUGCUCCUGUACAAAAGAUUUAUUAACAACUUGGGUCGGAUUGAGCCUCUCGUACUACUGACUGGCGGAGAGGCAGUCGUUAGAAGGAAAGUGUGAUCUGCGACACCUAGGUCGAUUCAUCCGGACCAGCUAACUAGUCACAAAUGCGCUCGGUGGAUGAGAUGGCAACGUCCCACAUUUUAUCCGCCAUUGAUCCCCUGAUGACGGCAUCGAGUAACGGCGGUUCCCCAGUGGGUGCGACAUCGAACGGCAAUAUGUCACAGUCACAGGUUGGCAGCUCUGGAGGUGGAGGUGGCGGAAGCGGCGGAAACAGCGUGCAUGGUGGCCAUGGAGGACGAAACGGUGGAGCGGGUAGCAGGGAGCAAAACCUAUCGGUCACGCUAGACGAUCGUGAUCUGUGGUUGCGAUUCCAAAAUCUUACCAACGAGAUGAUUGUCACCAAAAAUGGACGACGAAUGUUUCCCGUGGUAAAGGUGACCGCCACCGGUUUGGAUCCCACCGCCAUGUACACCGUGCUGCUGGAAUUUUCUCAGGUUGAUUCGCAUCGCUGGAAGUACGUCAACGGUGAAUGGGUUGCCGGCGGCAAAGCGGAGGCUCCUCCACCGAAUCCAGUUUACGUUCACCCCGAGUCACCCAAUUUCGGUCAACACUGGAUGAAGGAGCCCAUCUCGUUCGCGAAGGUCAAACUCACUAAUAAAACCAAUGGAAACGGUCAAAUCAUGUUGAACUCGCUCCACAAAUAUGAACCACGGGUCCACCUAGUCCAAGUAGUUUCCGAGCAACGAGAGCAGAGAAACGUUCACACUUAUCCUUUCCCAGAAACGCAGUUCAUUGCGGUGACGGCCUAUCAGAACGAGGAGGUAACUUCUCUCAAAAUCAAGUAUAACCCAUUUGCAAAGGCGUUCCUUGAUGCGAAGGAACGUCCCGAUUCGGUGUACUCGAGAGAGAACUCAACCUACGGUUGGUUGAACUUCCACCCAUCUUACGCAACGGCUCAGUCUCCUCUGCCAACAGCCGAGCGCUAUCAACAUACCACAAUCCGUACCAAUCGCGUCGCACCUUACACAACUCAACGGUCGCGAAGUACCAGCGGCAGUGCUUCCCCACAAACAACUCCAUAUCUACAGCUUGAAUCCGUCCCAUCACCUGUAUUCUCGUCAUACCCGGGCGCAUGGCAAUCGCAACCUACAGCUACGGGAUCCUACUGGACUAGUCAAACCACCAAUCCGGGCAGCCCGAACUCUAUAGCCCCGAACAUAUCACCCACUCCGUCAAACGGAUCCCCAAAUUAUGCGACCUCAUCGCCAACCUACUCGUCACAUCACCUGUCGUCGCACAACAGUCAGUACACACCGACGUCCAGCUCAUCGACUGCUGCCAGUUCCGCUCAAAUCGAUGUCUACCAGCCGAAUGUGUCUCCGCAGCAGAUCUACGCUCCCGCAGGGCACCAGAUUUAUCAUCCUACUCCAACGGUUUCUCCGAAUCACCAGUUGUACGGCAAUGUUCUGAAUGCGCCGGCGAUAACGAACAUCGGUUAUUCAACGACGUGGCAUGGAGCUAGCGAUUACAGCGUAUAUCAGAGCUCGUACCACUACCCUACUGCAGAGUACAUUCCUAUGAUUGGUGAUAUUGGUACUUACAACCACCCAACGGAAAUAACGGAACUAACGCCAGUUGCGGCUUCGCAUCAUCAUCGGGGGCACGAACCUCUAGCAGCAUCCUCACCGGUUCCCAUCCAGUAUCAUCACGGACAUCAUCCGGCGACGGGUUCGUCGGAAAGUGCAAUGAUGGGCAGUGGGAGCGCCAUGGGGCAUCACCAUUGUUCAGAAAAUCGUUCGCCUGAACCGAAAAAUCAUGCCAGUGCAAACCAUGCGCUGCCGGGUUCACCGGCAGCGGCUCCCGUUGGUGUUCAACAGAGUCCGACCCGUAGUGGCUCGACCGGAGCUUGGACGCCGUUGACCCCACCGCAGCAAUCGUCGCACAUCUGAAAGUUAUGGUACGGUGCGGUAGGCACCGUUACCGUAAGGUACUUCACACCAAGGUAUUUUACUCCAAGAUACUGGCUGCAACGUUGUAGGUAGUUUGUUCUUUAAAAUGUUCAUUAGUUUAGUUUCUAUUAGAUACAAAAAUAAGCAAAAACAAUUCUACCUUACUUAACAAUAAUGUAGAGUCGAGGAAAUUAUUUAAAGUACAUGAUGUACAAAAAUAUAUAUUUUUAUAUAAAAUGGUCAUGUUUGUAAUAUCUGAAACUUCUAAUUCUUACAAGAGCCAAGUCAAAUAUUCCAAUUCCAUAUAAUUGUUUAGUUUCAGAAUGAAACAUAUUGAUCGACGAUAAUUUGAACAUUUUAAAUUUGAAUGACAUUGUACUAAAUGUGGUUGUACCCACUUAUAGAUAUUUCACUAGACAGCUCUACAAAGUGUUACUUUCAAUUGAUUGAAAAUGCAGUUGUAAUCGAUUAUUGAUCAGUAACUGGCUUACAGAUUUGACCUUUUUGUAUGAAAAUUAAGCAGUUUGUACUUAAUAUUCUUUUGUGUUGUAAGUAGUUAAUGUUAUGAUUUAUUAUGUUAAACUGUUGUCCAACAAACUAUUCGAAAUUCGAUAUAAGAUAGUUACUGCUUUAUGUAAUCAAAUAAUCAUAAUAGAUUUUUUUAAAUGAAAGAAAGUGUAAUAAAAAAGAAGUACAA